CAAUUACAGCGAGCUCAUUCAGCAUUUAUGUACCACUUUUAUCCCCUACAAUAUCAUCAGUGUCACUUUGAGAUAACUAAGGGGGGUAAAGGGCUCCUAUUUUCUAAAACCUUUUGUGUUUUAAUGGCCAGUAGAUUUUCUUCUUGAUGAGCCAUGUCGUUUUUGCUGAAAUUCUACUUGUUUUAUUCUCCAUUGAAAUGCUUGCCUCUCAGCGCUCUGCGGUGCUUUGAGGGAGUCCUCUGUUUGGCUGUGGGAGGGGACACCGCCUUGCGUUGAUGACGCUUGCAAUUGGGAGACAUUUGGACAGCCUAUGUAACCCAUAUAUCCUAGCAGCUACAAAUGGUGCGUCUGCGCCUCUGACCACAUGCAGGAGUUGGAGACGCUCUCGCCGUGAUGCUGUGGCUGUAAUGCGGUGUGCUACAGGCUUCUGCUGAAAGGAUCGGAUAUAUUAAGCGCUUUAUGAUGAGCCGCUUGGUCCGACUUUCAGGUGAAAUUUGAGGAGCGUGAAAUGAUUCCCAAGUCCGGAAAAUCUUCAGCAGACUCAAGAAAAGGCGUGAGCAUCCAUGAGUUUGCAGCACUGGCCAGAUCCUCCUUGAAUGGCAUCUCUCAGGCUGUGAAGGACCAUGUGACUAAGCCUACCUCACUCGCCCAGGGUCGAGUUGCUCACCUCAUCGAGUGGAAAGGUUGGCCCAAACCAUCGGACCCCCCACCGGCCGCUCACGCACACUUCAGCACCUACUGCCACCUGAGCGAGGGAGAGAAGGAGGCCCGCUUCGCUGCAGGUGUAGCUGAACAGUUUGCCAUAGCUGAGGCCAAGCUGCGAGCCUGGGCUUCUGUUGAUGACGAUGAUGAAGAUGAGGAAGACUCAAACGAUGAGGAUGCGCCCUCUAAUGGACAGAGUCACACCUUCACCAGCCAAAGUUCAGACGCCACCAAUGCCUGUCCUCUUGUCCCACAUGACACGGAGGAGGGCCAGCUCUCUACCACAUACCCAGGAGCGGGUGGUAGCGACGAUGGCAGCCUGCUGUAUGCCCGGUCUGCCUCUCACACUGACUCACCCACUUUGCCCGGCCACAGCCUGAGCCCAUUCAUACAGGAGGAAGAGGAGGAGAAUGAGGAACAGCCCACUGUGUUACGAGACCACCCCCAGAGCGAGGUGUGUGUCCACCAGAAGCCCGAGUGGAGACCUCGAGCUCGGAGCAGCCGUUUCGACUCCUGCUACUCCACGUCUCACUCGGAGUCGCCCGGAGAGGAGGAGGAGGAUGAUGAAGAAGGCAGCGUGUUCCAGGAGAUUCGCAUGUGGCACUGUGGAUCUCCAAUUGGGCGGCGAUUCUUUUCUGAUCGGGCAUCCUCUGGAGUGGCCUCGUUUGAUGAGGAAGAGGAGCAGGACGAAGAAGCAGAGGGGAAAGAUGAGAAAGAAUAUUUGAUGUGAUGUGCUGUCUAUCUUUGUCUCUUGGAGUGUGUUGAUUCUGGACAUAGUUAUAAAAAGAUAGAUAUCACAUUUGGCCAAAUUGGAUCGGUCAUCAGGGAAAGGUAGAGCAUUCUUUUCUUUAUUAAGACGUUUAUGGAUCAACAUGAUUUUAGGGACAGUGCCUUGGUGAUUUGCCAAAAUGUGUAUGUGAUGAAUACAUGAAAUACAUUGCAAUGUUGUGAAACAGUAGAGAUGAAUCACUGGGUUUGUCUGUUGCUGGUAAGUCCGCUUUAGAAAAAAUAUCCUUACAGUCAAUAUUGUUCUAAUGUAAUGUGUGAAAACUGGUCAAAUUGCAUGUUGUUUCUUGUCAAUGUAGUUUGACCUCCUUUACCGUAACCAUUAAUUAAAAAAAUAAGACCUUAUCAUGGCAGACACAUCUUGCCAAAAAUAAUGCAACGGCCAAUGCAGUAUCUGCCUUUUUAUAUCCCUUAUUCUGAAUAUUACAAUGUUACUGUUUCACCUCCAUUCUUUCCUACCCUUGAUCUUUGAUUCCUUGCUCUCUUGUUUCCAUGUCUCCUCCUUUCACUUCCUUCUCAUCUGAGCCCCUCCCAUCCUCACCUUGCUCCAUGUCACUUGCUGCUGUGAACAGUAUCCAUUGGAGAGUUCAAUUGAAUGUAAAGUUGUUGUUUUCACUGAGUUUUGUACAGUUUUGUGAAGUCGUGUCUGAUUGUUUUUUAUGAGUAUUUUGUAGUGUUGUUUUUUGAUUCAUGCUGUGUCAUG